CGUACAAACAAUGCUUGCCUGGCAGUGUGUUAAAAAACAACACAUCUACAGAUCAAAUUACCUUGAUAAAUAAUAAAGUGAAGUUUGUCAACCUUACAAGUGAUAUUUCAUGCAAGGCUUUUAAUGGAAAGAAUGCUGAACCACAACUAUGCCCAAACUCUACAACACAAAAUAUCACUCUUAAAGCUGGAAAGCAACAACAAUCUUCAGCAGAUGGAAACCCGCGUGAUAAAGGUCAGAAUGCUUAUUAUCGACGAGCAUAUUAG